GCCGCAGAGCUCCUGAAAUGAGAGAAGAAGUAAACCUUAACAAAACCUCGCUGUCGCAGGUCAUCGGACAGUCUUCAGUCAAAGUUUGAAAUCAACCGUUUAAAACUGUCGUUUUUAAGUGAAAAUGGACGACGAGCAUACGGACGGCUACAGGGAGCCCUGUGCUCAGUGUUCAGCGGUGGACUGGGGAGUUUCAGACGAGGGUCGUUUCUACUGCAGAUCCUGUCACAACGCUAUUGAGAGAACCAGAGAGGUGGUGGACUCCACCUUCACUCCUGGCUCCAGCAGGGUCUCCACCAUCAGUAAAGGAACCAGAAGCAAGCGUACCGAGCGAGGUCGUCAGUGGAUGAUCUGUGAGGGAUUCCAGUUCAUCCUGAGAAACCAGGCCAACGCUCUGCUCAAACUGGGAGUCAGUCCACACUUUAAGGACAAGGUCUUGUGUCAGUUGUGGAGAGUCUACCUGCAGAAGAGUCGACAGGCCUACACCCACAACCCAGUCAGGAGCUCGCACUUUAGAGUGAGAGAUCCACACUCGGACUCGGACAGUGCAUCCAACUUGUCAGGCGUCUCAGACAGUGAGACGGAUGGAGAGACGAACCUGUCCAGUAGGGAUGGACCAAACGCAGGUGAAGUCAGGAGCUCCAGUGAUUGGUCGCCGUGUUCAGGCUCAGUGGACGCGGUUAGCUACCUGUCGGCUCAGCUAAGACGAAGCCGCAGCCUGAUGACCAUGAGGAAGACUCUGGCUCUGAUCCACCUGGCUCUUAUCUGGAGCCAUGAGGCGCUGACGCUAAGUGACCUGCUCAGGUUAGUGAAUGAAGGUCACGUCCCAUAUGUGAACGCAUACGAGGAACUUCCUGAUGAGAUGAAGCUAGAGGGCAAAGAUGCACUCAUCUUCAGAGUUGAGAGUGUCCCGUCCCACCAUGCUGUGCAUCAGGAGGCGGAGACUCUGCUACACUUCCUGCAGCUUCCUGCUUUUCCUCCAAUCAGCCGCCAGAGUCUGCUGCACCCGGCGUUGCUCAGCCUGCGAUACCUGUCAGACGCCAACCUUCCCGAUGACCUCCACCUUUGGGUCUGCAGGCUGAUGGAGCACGCUGGUAUGGAGGAUCAAACGCUCCACACCGCCAACAGCCUGUCUCGUCCCGGCCUGCCUCUCUAUGACGUCCAGACCGCCGCUCUCAUUGUUGUCACCAUGAAGCUGCUGUUCGGCCUGGAGGACCACAUAGAGUGGGAUUUAUCCAAUCAAACGGGUGACCAGGACCACUCAGACUGUGACCUGACAGGAGACCUGUUUAACCUGAGGAGGUGGUACAGGCUGCUGCAGGCUGCGCUGAUCAGAGGUCAGCAGAGGAGAGACCAACAUGUUGCCAGGAAACAGUGGAAAGCCAACAAACCUCUGGUCCCCAGCAGGACGAAGAAAUGUGUCGUGAUGAAAAAGAGAACUGCUGUGUUUGUGUGUGCAGGAAUUGCAGAGCAGCUGCAGAUCUGCUUUGAGAAGCUGUCGUCCUGCCCAGCAGGUGUCGAGCGAGUUCAUCCAUCCAGCUUCACGUUCUGUUGGGGGGAUGAGGACAGAGCAGACGGUCCCAGUCUGCACCAGAAGAAGCUGGAUGGGGUUGUGUGCCUCAAAGACGGAGGCCUGACCCCCCGUACCUCCUCAUACUGGCACCCAGCACUCAGAGCCUGCAAGCCACGGAGGUGCAGGAGUCAUUACUCAGAGGUGGAGGCGACGCUGCCGCGGUCCUUCGUCUGGCUGCUGCAGCUCUUCUGCUUCCUGCUGGACGUGAAGCCGGCGUACCUCUAUGAGGAGGUGCUGAGGGUGGAGAGACGCGUGUUCAGCAGCAGAACGCCCAGCAGGAGGAGGACCAGGACCAGGGCAGACCAGGAUGUGUGAAGUGUGUAAAGUCAUUCAGACUGUGGACAUACAAAUGUCAUCUGGAAUAUUUAAGAGUCAAAAUGAAUCAUUUUAUCUUUUGAUUUAUUUUUUUUAAUUUCUUCUUUGAAUUUGGGACAGAAACGUUGGAAGACACCACAGUUAAUUCAUUAUCCAACUGCCUCAAGCUGGUGGAAGGUAGACAGAAAUAUUCAAUCCUGUGGGUCUGACGGUAGUGAUUAAUGAUUUCAGCACUGAAAACAUCCUGAUGUGAUUUGGAAAAGAAAAGUUUGAUUGAUGAGCUCCACACAGAACUAAGACACCAGAGCUCAGAAGUGUGACGAUGACAAUAAUUUCAGCUUUACAUUGACUCCUAAUCAUGAACAUGAAGGUGGCAAGUUUGGAUCACUGAUCGAGUUUGGUGUGACAGGAAGUCUAUGGAAAAACCACUGACAAAAUACUCACAAUCGACUGUUGUUUAUGGCUGAAUGAAAUGGGCAAAAUAAACAGAGCUGACAGUCAGCCAGUUCAGUUACUUUACAAA